AUGCGAUCCGCACUACGCUUAUUACGAUGGAAAACUCUGCAGACGAGUUGGUUAUUAGAGAUCUACGAGAGUUCUUUUGGGAAGGAGGCAUUGAUACGUGGUUUUUCUCCAAAUUUUCGGAACGUUUCUGCAGGCAAGGCGGCCGACUGCUCGACCACAUUGAGACCACUACAACAAAUCUGCUAUUAUCCCGGCAAGCUACAUGGGGGAAUCCAAGCAUUCUACCUCGAUCAAGUUCUUGCCGAUUGCUGUCCAGGAGCUGUCACGGCCAGUCUAGCUAUUUCCUAUUUACGACCGAUCGACCCUCAGUCUCCUCUCAAAGUCAGUGCCUGGCCUGUCAAAGUUGAGGGUCGAAAGCUGUACAUGGAGGCGUGUAUCAAGGUGCUUGAAAAUAGCACCGGGACCAUGAUCAAGGCUACUCAUGCCAAGGCCUUAUUUAUCAUGCCCAAGGCUUAG